GUGAGAAACAGAUUCCGAAAUUGAAAGGGAAAUUUUGAAAAUUUAACGUAUGAUUGAAAAAAUGAUGCUUCUAUAUGUAACUCACUUCGCUUGUAGAACCUACAAUAGUCGCUCAUCACGAUUGUUGUUACGAAAAAGUACGAAAUAACUCUUCCGGGUAUCUAAAGUUUCGGGAAGAUACAUGACAUAAGGCGCGUUCGAGGAGUCGCUAUUUACGCUAAAAGAUAUAGUAAUAUCAUUCAACGAUAGCGUUAGCGUUUGUAGCGCAAACAGCGACUCCCUGAACGCGCCUGUAGUAUAUGCGUGUGUGUUCAAUGUUUUCUUUUGUUUCGUUCGCCAUGUCAAACUGCAGUCCGUAAAAAAAACCUUCACAAAAUUCACGAUUGGAUACAUCAUUAUUUUGAAACUUUUUUACAACGAAUAAUCUGUUUAGAAUGGGAGAACGCUAUCCAAGCGGCGGACAGAAAGUUUCUGAUCAUGCGCCACCUUCGUAUCCGACUCAAGUUCCAAGAGAGCAGCCGUCUCAAUAUUUACCAAAUUCACCUCAUGGUUAUGAAGAUGCGGAACAAAGAAUUGGACAAGCGCAACAGGUGAUUCCGAUGCUAUUGGGUGGCCCACCGUACUUGCCACCUUUGACAAAAGGUCAAAAAAUCAAAACGGGUCCAUAUACUGUCACAGUGACCGAUAGCAUGGUUCUUCAGCGAGAACAUCAGAAUCGUGAAAUUUAUAGAGCCUGGAUAGAGAUGCAACAACGAGCUACUGAGCCACCCGAAGAUGAAUACCACGCUGCAUUCAAAAAUAUUAAAGUGAGAAGAGCUUUUGUGAAAAAAGUCUUCUUCUUACUUUUCCUACAAUUUCUCUUCACAAGUUUCUACAUUUCAUUCUUCAUGUUUCACGAGCCAGCAAACAUUUUCAUAAAAGAACAUUGGUACCUGUGGGUUUUUGCCUUAAUUAUUUUCAUGACAUCCUAUUGUACAAUAUCUUUAUCUGAAUGUGGAAGACAACAAUCUGGAUGGGGUGGAAUUUGUCUUAUAUUAUUGACACUUGCAGAGUCACAUUUAUCCGCCUAUGUAACUGUGCACUUUGAUGUUGAAAUAAUGCUCAUAACGAUGGGGCUCACUGCAUCAGUGUCAUUAAUACUGACAAUCGCUGCAGCUUGUUGCAAGUUUGAUUGUACAAAGCAUGCUGGAUUACUUGGCAUUUUUGUACUUGUCUGUACAAUAUCAAUUUUUGUACUGAUAUUCACGCUGAUGUUCACACGAGUCAAACUCAUCAUAACGAUAAUUGGUAUCCUGGGAGCACUUGUGUUUUCACUGUAUCUCUACUUUGACAUACAAACCAUUAUGGGUGGCAGAAAAUUGGAGCUUAGUCCUAACGAAGUAAUCUUUGCUACAACUCAACUUUAUGUGGAUAUCAUGGGACUGUAUCGAUAUCUUCUUAUGUUUAUGAGUGGCACCCAAUCGAGCUCGUAAACUUCAAGUUAAUACAGACACAUUUGUACAUGAGUUUCGAAGAUAUUCUUCAUUUUUAUAUACAUAUAUUUGUGGACUCCGUAAAAGUGAGGUUCAAUCAUUGAUUGAUAAAUUGACUUACUCAAUUA